GUCUGACGUCAGACCAGUCAUCCGAUCCGUCAUCAUCAGUUCUGAUGUAAAAGGGGAAGUUGGGAGGAACAGAGAGGAAGAUCUGGGAGCGAUCGUUUGAGAAGCACCUCUUGACUUCAGUACAGGGGAUUGGGGCUUAGGGUCAUGGCAGGAAGAGGCGGAGCAACGAGACCUAACGGGCCGAACGCUGGCAACAAAAUCUGUCAGUUCAAACUAGUGCUCCUGGGAGAGUCCGCUGUGGGGAAGUCAAGUCUAGUCCUACGCUUUGUAAAAGGACAGUUUCAUGAGUUCCAGGAAAGCACAAUAGGAGCUGCCUUCUUGACUCAGACAGUAUGUUUGGAUGACACAACAGUGAAGUUUGAGAUCUGGGAUACAGCUGGCCAGGAGCGUUACCACAGUCUGGCCCCGAUGUAUUACAGAGGAGCGCAGGCGGCCAUAGUGGUGUAUGACAUCACUAAUGAAGAAUCAUUUGCACGUGCGAAAAACUGGGUGAAAGAACUUCAGAGACAAGCCAGUCCAAAUAUUGUAAUAGCUUUGGCUGGAAACAAGGCAGACCUUGCCAACAAGAGAGCGCUGGACUUUCAGGAUGCACAGUCAUAUGCAGAUGACAACAGUUUGCUCUUUAUGGAAACAUCAGCAAAGACUUCAAUGAACGUGAAUGAGAUUUUUAUGGCCAUUGCAAAGAAACUACCCAAGAGCGAGCCCCAGCCUGCAGGUGCCAGCACAGGACGCAGCAGAGGUGUGGAUCUAACAGAAACAGCACAGCCUGCGAAAGGUUCCUGCUGUAGCAACUAAACGCCGAUGGUCCUCACCUCCUAACCAACCGCAUCACAUCUGGACACGGGGCUCCUCCUUCCAAACCCUCGCUCCCUGGAUUAGCUAAAGACUCUGUAUAGCUGUGUUUCUAAUACUUUUUUUUACUUUUUAUUUUUAAGAAAAAAAAAUAUGUAAAUCAGUCUACUGGAUGCAUGUAUCACUACAAAUGCUAAAUACAUAUUUUAACUUAAUUCUGCAGGAGAACAAACCUGGAUGAAAGUGCACGAGAGAGUGAAUUGAGUGUGUUUGUAUGUGGAACUGAUUACCUUAUAACCAGGCCCAGGCGCAAUCUGCAGAUGUUUUCUGCAAAAAUGGACUAAAGCAAUGUGUUAAACGAAGCUAUCCUUUGUGGUAACUGUAAACAUAAUCAAAUUAGCAAACUAAUAAACUUCAUGAAUGCAUUACAGUUCUGUGGAAAUCUGCAUGCAGAUUUCGUGUAGGCCUGCUUAGGAUUCAAAAAUGAAUCUGAGCUAUUUAACAAAAACACCAGAUCCCCACCUUCUCCGUCAGCAGCCGGUCUAAGUUGGUUUUGGGUUGUAGUUUGGAUGCAGUAGCUUCAUAUUCUAGUAAGGCAUUCCUUAGUGCAUCUUCGGUGUCCUCAAUACACCACAUAUUGCAGUAUGGCCAUGAUAUUGAGAAUAUUGGGCUUUCAUGAGCGUGACUCAAAGUCGUCCAGCUCUUUGGCAGAAGGGAUCUUACAAAUGUCUUGUUGAAUCGAUAUAUAUACACAUGUUUUUUGGGUAUAAGAACAAAUCAAGGAAGGCAGACGGUAGAAUUUGUUCAGCCUGCUUGAUGAAUGAUCUCAACUCUGUUUUAUGCUUAUACAUUUAUUGCCAGGCCCAGAUGGACUUGUGUAUUUUCUGGGGCAAAAUCUACUGAAUUCUGAGGAUUCAAAUGCUAAAACGGGCUCAGUGGAUUUCAUGUUUAUUGGUAGCUGUGCAUAUAAAAUCAUUUAUUUUGCAAAAGUAUUUAAUUAUAGAAAAGCAUGCAGGGGUUGGUAUGUAAGCCCAUUUCCACCACAAAAUUCUGACUUUUCUCACAGCUGAGAAAUAUAAACUCAGAACUGAAAGAUAUAGUCUUGGAAAUUUAUACACACAUUUUGGUACAGUGCACAAUUCUGACUUUUUCCCCCUCAGAAUUUUAUUCUUUAUUAAAUAAAUCUGAAUUACAAAAUAUAAUCUGUGCAUUGAAAGUCCAAAAAACCUUUAUUCUUAUCCCAUGUUGGAGACAUGCUUCCAUGUGUCAAAGCGUGACCAUCUGAAUCCUGCACAAUAUCUAUGUGGGCCUGGUAAUCAUCAAUUAAAAACUAAACAAGAAAGAAAUUAUUUCUCAGACAUGAAUCUUUCCCUGCAUUUUUUUUUAUUGUAAUCUUACUGGAAGUCAUGAGCAAACUGUAAGCGCCUGAUUAGGUCAGUGAUGCAGUGCAGUUUUGUGUUUUCACAUGUACUCUGAAGACUAAAGGCGUGUGUUUGUGGGCAGAUUUUAAUGAUACCUGCGGUCAGACAUAGACUCGGUGAGAGCUUUUGCUUCAAAACAUGACUUGGAGAUCUUCCAGUGUUUUGUGGGCAGAAACAAACCCUGCAUGUCUGCAUCAUUUAGGUGUGCGUGCCAUGACGGACAGUAAUUUGCACACUGUACAGCCUCUCAUAAAUCCUACUAUCAGUUUGAAGUUUAUUUUAACGGAGAAUCAUGUUUAAAUGAUGGUCUUUUGAAAUGUUAGUAGUGUUUCAAAUGAACUUGAUAUUUAGUCAAUGUCUUGUACCUUCUCUCAAAAUGCUUGAUGCUUUUAUUUCGAAGAACCUAUUAUAUUGCACAAUUUUGAGUUACAUUUUUUUUUUUAAUUUCUAAUUAUAAAAUUGUGGCUGUCAGUUGUAUACAGUGGACAUUAUAAAACUCCUGAAGUACCACAGGUAGCUGUGGUCAGCAGAUGUUCAGAUUCAGCAGCAUAAUGCAUUAACACCGAGGGACUGAUAAAUUUUUAAUGUCCAGGUACUAGUAUAUUUCCAAUAAAGGGUAUACAUACA